GGUGGUGGUGUUGUGACGAGCACCCACGCGUGUGACCGCCUGCUUUCGAUCGCGUUGCGCGACACCGACAGUAGGGAGAACUACACCCUCGUGGUGGGUCAAGACUCACCCCAUCGCCGAUGGCAGUGUCAGUACGGCGCCGGCGGUUGUUGUUAGAGCACGCGGUUUUCCCAACAAUUUUCCACGGUCGCUUUUCGAUCUCGAUCUCGCGCGGGAUGUUCGCGAUUUUGAGUUCUCCGCCUCGAUCCGACGAUACGUAGAUCGCUUUUCUUCUGUUCCGUCGAUCCGCGAAUUUCACGAUUGGGAAGAGAAGAAAAAGAGAGAAAAAUUGCGUCGCUCGCUCGUCGACAGGGGUGCGUGUUUGCCGUCGUGGGUGGCGCUUCUAGUGUCGGGGAGGUGCAAAGGACAUUUUUUUCCGGACGAUACAUAAGAUUGCGAAUGUAAGUUGACGGAUGGUGCUGGUGAAAAAUCCGUCUCCGACGCGCGGUCAGAGCCCAUCACGAGAAAAUGGGCAGAACGAGAGGAGAAGGAAAGGCCGGGGUUCGCGAGGAAACAGCCCCGCCGAGCGGAAUAGUUCCCGAGGAAAUAGUCCAGGAAAGAGCGGCAGCUUCAAUGCCAAGGAAAAGGGGAAAAGUGCGCUUCUGCAAUCACAGGGCAACGAGGUCGGUAGCAUCGAAAAAUUGAUAGAUGGCGAUAGACGGGUAAUCGCGACCAAACAUCUACUUCCAGAGAACAACAUAAACGUCGUGGUCAGGGUCCGUCCGCUCAAUAAUAAAGAGAUUAAAGCUGGUGACGAGAUGGUCGUGCAGUUUCCCGGCGACGGCCAAAUAUACUGCGACGCGAUCACAAGCAGCGGCGACAGGAAACCGAAGUUAUUCUCCUAUAAUGUGGUUUUUGAGCCCAACGCCACGCAGGAGGAUAUCCUGCAGUACUCCGGCAUUAAGAACCUCAUCGAGAUGGCGGUGGAAGGCUUCAGCUGCACCGCGUUUUGCUACGGACAGACCGGAAGUGGCAAGACACACACGCUGACCGGACCUCCGAGACUUUUCGAAAAGAUGAAUCCUUACUCGGAGGACCACGGUUUGGUCUUCCGUUCCUUCGUCUACCUAUUUAAGGUCCUUCAAAAACAGGAAAACUGCAAUUUUGUGUUGAAAGCUUCCUUCCUGGAAAUUUAUAAUGAGAAGGUGAUAGAUCUCUUAAAUCCCGGCACUUCGAGGAAACCACUGGCGGUUCGAUGGAGUAAGAAGACACGCGGUUUUUUUGUCGAAAAUCUCUUCACGGUAGAAUGCGAAGAGCUGGAUGAUCUUCUAGCGGUUCUUGAAGAAGGAAUGAGAAAUAGAUCUAUUGGUACGCACAAUAUGAACGAAUAUUCUAGCAGGAGCCACUCGAUUUUGACUGUAAAUAUAACUUCGGAACAAGCAAUGGAGAACGGUGUGUUCAUCUCGAAACAAGGCAAGAUUAAUUUCGUGGACCUCGCUGGGAGCGAAAUGACGAAGAAAACUCAAAGCGAGGGCAAAACCUUGGAAGAAGCGAACAACAUUAACAAGAGUCUUAUGGUGUUAGGAUACUGCAUCGCUUCCUUGAGCGAUGGAAAACGGAAAGGGGGCCAUAUUCCUUAUCGAGACAGCAAAUUGACGAAGCUCUUGGCCGACAGCCUUGCCGGAAAUGGCGUUACGUUGAUGAUUGCCUGUGUUUCACCAGCUCGUUCGAAUGCGAGCGAAACUUUAAACACCUUGAGGUACGCUGCAAGAGCCAAAAAGAUUUUUACGAAACCCAUUGUUGUAAUGGACCCACGCGAGGCUCUGAUCCUCAGCUUAAAACGCGAAGUCGGAGCUCUUCAGACCGAGAACGACCAUCUGAGGAUUGCCCUUAAUCUUAGUACCGAAGCUCAAAAUGAGAUUCGCAGCGAAUCUAAAACCGACAGGUUAAUAUCCCUAACACCACCACCGGUGGAUCUCGAAAAAUUGGCAGAAAUGGAGAGCUCAGAGCUCAGCCAGUUGAUACACGCAUAUAUAACCGAAAACGAAGCGCUACGACGCGAAAAUGCAGAACUCUACGCUACGAGGGACCAAGUGAUACGGGACCAGGAACUCGUUUGCCGAGAAAACGAAAGAUUGUUGAAGAAACUCGAGGACGUGAAUUCGGUAUGCUGUCGAUCACCUAUAAUACCAGCACGACCUUCGUACUCGGCGGAAUUGUUAAACGAUAAUAACGAAGAUGUACCUGGCGCGACGAAUGUCUGGACCAAUCCGAACGCUGCUCCUAGCCCAGUGUAUUCCUUUUCGCGGCAUACGAACAACAGUGCAUUGUACAGAUCAGCUGGUAGUAUGCCAGAAAAGGUGUUAAAGGAGCUCGACAAACGUAGAAUUGUCGGCAGUUACAACAAUAUUGCCGAAGCCUAUAAAGACAAGAAUAACCAUCGUCGUCACAAUUCGUGGGAUAAUAGUAAUCGGCCCAUGAUCAGUCCGGAACAAAGAAUUUCCCCCAUAGAUAUCAACAAUCAGCGAAAAACGCCUGUGCGACGCACCUCGACAGUUCCUGAAGAGAAUAAGCCUCCAUCGACAAGAUCGAGUGAGCUUGCUGCAGGUGAUACUACGAUCACUAAUAAUAUCACAAGCACGACUACACCUAAUAUCAAUACCACCACCAACGCUGUGGCGUCGAUCGAGCAAUCGUUCAACAACGGAUCACCUGAUUCGAUCCUGAGUGGACCUUUGGAGGAGAGUGCGAAUUCUGCUCCCAAUACUGCAGAUUCAGUCGCUCCCACAGCACCUUUCCCGCCGAUAUCAUCGCACACAUCAUCCUUUGGCACACUGGAACCAUCGCAGGAUCGGAAGUCCUCUCGAAGUGACAGGAAAAAUGUCGGCACAGCCAGGGAUGAGCAAAGAGCGUUCGGCAGCCCAGUUUCUGUCGACGUCGAAGAUGGGCAUUUUUAGAACGGAUUAUAAGAAUAAUGAACCAUAUUCUAAGCAUACUUUUAGUCUUAAAUGUGGCAGUUUGAUUCUAAGCAUCAUUUGCUUCAAACAAACGUCGUGUAGAAUAUUACUUCAACUCAUCGACUAGCCACGCAUUAACUGAAUAAGCAAAAAGAAUCAGGCCGAAUGAAUUGUCGUCGACUUAACGUUAAGUAAUUGUUAAAUCAUGUACGAUUGCCUAAUCUUAAUUGUAAUAUAUACUUCUCGAUACACUUGUCAAAUGAAGUCUAAUAAAGUCUUAGUUUAUA